CCCGCUACUGCUCGUUUCCCCAGCCUCGGGCUCAGCUCUCAGCAUCGUUUUGGGCUAAGACAUUCCUGUACGCCCGUCCCUUCUGUCCCCCCUGCCUUGUGGCCAUGACCUUCCCUCGCUAUCCCUCCCUCACCACCACGCCCAUACACAUUGCUGAAACGCAUUCUCUGUACCGGAUGCGCAGCCGCCAAGCUAUCUCGAGGUUCAACUCGAUCCGUCGGGAUCGCAAGCGUGGCGCUGCUUGGGAAGACGGACGCUGUGAUUCCUCCACGCUAGCCGGUGAACAGCCCCGAAUUCUAGUUGCUUACAACACCACCACCAGAACCGGCCUGAAAGAACAUCGUCCUCUCUCGCCCAUUCCCUCUCCCAAGCCCUCACCUCUCCCUGUCUCGCGGCCUGCCGGUCCUCCCUACUACCCACCACCAGACCGAUACAACGGUUACAGCAGACAACCUCGUCGAUUCAGUGCACGCAUGCAGCUCCCUUCCGACACUUCCGCAAAGCCGUCCUGGCUGAGUUCCCUCAGAUCGGCCCUCCGACUGCUCAUCAUCGUCCUCAGCGGAGCCGUCGCGGGCAUGUUGGUCCACACUCUCCAAAUCUACCGCGGCAACUCGUCCCUCGAUCUGCGAAAGGGGGAGCUGCCCAUGACGUGGCCGGCAAGAACGAACCUCGCGCCCACCAUCGUGUUGUUCUCCAUCGCCGCUGCCAAUUUCCUCGCGUCCGUCGCCAUCCUCGCCUUGUCCUUCAAGAAAUCCUUCCGCCGGCCAAUACGCUCACGAGAUGUCUACCGCAUCGUCGCCGGGAGCUUCGGGGUCAUUCUCUGGGUAGCAGCAUUGCUCGUGUACAAUCUACUGGACAAGGCCAGCAAGGCGAGCCUCGGCCAGUAUUCCUGCACGAACAAGAAUGUCAUGAGCAACGGGAGGUACCAGUAUCGCACCGUCUGCUCAGAACAGGGCGUCGCAUUCUAUAUCGCUAUUGGCGCUGCCUCUUCCGAAGUGCUAACCCUUACCACCCUCGCCGUCACUGCCGUCCAAUCCGCCAAACAAACAUCGAUAAUAAAAGGCGACGAGAAAGCUCAGCUGAGCGGUGCGAUGAACGGCCGUCUGGCAUAAAAUUCGUUUCUGUCUCUUUAACCGUUCGACCCUGUACGAUUAUUGCUUUACGUUGUUGCAUGAUACCCCGGGUCACAUUUGGGAUUUCAAUUUCAGUAGUACAGUAUAUAAUUUUGGUGUGGCGUUACUCCCAAAGCAUUGCGCACCCUGUUUCUUUUGUCCCAGCAUCACCAUUCCCUUUCCUCUCCUUCAGCAUGCAUAUUUGGAGUUGCCUGGCUGGCUUUCGUCGUUUUCGGUACGCUUUGAUGAUACCUUGUAGAAGAAGAUUGGAAAGAUCGAGCUCAAAGCUCAUAGCCUUGUUGAAUAAGACAGAUCAAGAAUGAUAUUGCAAGAUCGCAAUAUCAGUGUAUAUAAACACGAACAACCUUAUUUUGGAUAAAUCGAC